AUGUCUCGAAAUUCCCGAAAUAUCAGAGCCCGCGAAAAUUCAAAUGGUUCAAGUGAAGAACAACAAAUAAAACGUCAAAGAAGAUGUGACCGUACCAUAAUAGAACCCAGUGAAUCUGUCCUUUGGCCAGAAACGGAUGACAGCUUUUUCUCAGAUGUAAAAUUGGAUACUAUUCUCAAGUCCCAUCAGGGACAUGCGAACAAAAAAUCCACGAAUGCUAAAGGCAAUAGCUUCUUUCACAAUGACAAUGAUGAUAGCCUAUUCAGUGACAUUGUAUUGCCACAGGAAUCCGAAGGUGUACACAGUAAUGUGGGUGGCACUCCCAUAGAUCCCGUUUUACCAACAUCCGAUGCUGGCAUUUUGGGUGAUGAUACACUGUUCUCGGAAAUCGAUGUGGAUCAGUUGGUGGCCGAUGACAAUUGUAAAAAGGAAACCACAACCCAGACAACUUCGAAAACUAUGGAAGAACCGGAUCUUUUUAAUGAUGAUGAUUUUCCCCUCGAUGAAAUGCUGAUGCAGGGAACACAAAAAUUCUUAGCAGAUGUUGCAUUCAAAAUACCCAAACCUCCGGAUGGUGGGGGCAAUGGCCAGCAACCAAUUAAUAAAACUCAACGAAAUGUGGAUUGUUAUGUAGCGGGUACACAAUAUGAAACUCGGAAAGAAAUCCAAAAUCGUACCGUAAAUCCAUUGCAACAGACACACAUUAACAGGGAAAUAGAAAAUCUUUCGAAUAUUAGUUGGAAUGCUGAUGACUUCAAUGAAGAGGAGCCCAAAGAGGAUUUUCCCUGUAAGGGCGAUUUUUAUGGACUUCCAGAUAGAGUUAAACGUAUGAUUUUUGAAACUAAGAAUAUAAAGAGUUUGUAUGAAUGGCAAGAUGAAUGCCUCAAUUUACCAGCCAUACGACAACGUAAAAAUCUUAUUUAUGCCUUGCCUACAAGUGGUGGUAAAACUUUAGUAGCUGAAAUUUUAAUGUUACGCGAGGUAAUAUGCCGAGAAAAGAAUGUCCUAUUUAUAUUGCCCUAUGUGUCCAUAGUUCAGGAAAAGGUUAGUGCAAUGUCACCCUUUGCCAUUGCCUUAGAUUUCAUAGUGGAAGAAUAUACAGCCGGCAAGGGCAAAUGUCCGCCAGUGCCUAGAAAGAAACGAAAAAGUAUUUUUAUUGCUUCAAUUGAAAAGGGUGCGGUGUUGUUUGAUAGUCUAAUUGAAGCCGAAAGAGCCAAUGAAAUUGGACUAGUGGUUGUAGAUGAAUUACAUUUGAUUGGCGAACGGGGUAGGGGUGCCUAUUUGGAAGCUUUACUCACGAAAGUUAUGUAUUUAAAUGCAAAAAUACAAAUUGUUGGCAUGAGUGCCACCAUUGGAAAUCUGUCGGAAAUAUCACAGUUUUUAAAUGCCGAUGUUUAUACACGCGGUUUUCGUCCGGUCGAAUUAAAGGAAUACAUAAAAUGUGGCCGUGAUAUAUUACAAAUAAAUUUACAAGGACAAACAUUAGAGGAAAUUUUCGUAUUUAGUCGUAGUGUUAAUUUUAAUUAUAGCGAAGCUGUGUUACGUUCGGAUCCAGAUCAUUUAGCUGGUUUGGUAACAGAAUGUGCUCCGAAAAAUGGUUGUCUCAUUUUUUGUUCAUCACGUAAAAAUUGUGAAAAUGUUGCUGUACUGUUGAGUCGUGUUUUGCCCAACAAAUUCCUGGAAUAUCGUAAAAGUGAGAAGGCGGAUUUGAUGGAUGCUCUCGAUAAAGUCUGUGGCAUUUUGAGUCCGGUAUUGGCACGUACCAUACCAUAUGGUGUGGCUUAUCAUCAUUCGGGCCUCACAACCGACGAACGAAAAUUUAUCGAGGCAGCUUAUCGUUUCGGUGUUUUAAGUGUAAUCUGCUGCACCUCAACCUUGGCAGCCGGUGUAAAUUUACCAGCCAAAAGGGUGAUAAUAAGAGCACCCUAUGUGGGUGCCGAAUUUAUGACACUUUGUAAAUAUAAACAAAUGAUUGGACGCGCUGGCCGUGCCGGUAUGGGUGAGGCUGGCGAAAGUAUUCUCAUAAGUUCGAGUCGUGAUAAUGUCCGAGUUGGUGAAAUGCUCUUCUCCCCAAUGGACAAGGCUAUAAGUUCAUUGGAUUAUGAUGGCAAAAUUGGAUUACAGUCUCUUAUUUUAAGUGCAAUUGGCAUGGGAAUGGCUUCAUGUCGCGCGGAUUUGCAUCGUUUAGUCCAGAGCACUCUGUUGGCGGUGCAGGCCAGCCAAUUGGGCGUUUCAGUUACCACAAUGGUCAAGGAAAUACUUUGUGAAAUGUUUAAAAAUAAAGUUUUAAAAUUGGCCAACAACGAUGCCAAAAAGGAUAUUUCGGACAUAUUGAUAACCCAGGAUUUGGCCAACAAAACCAAUAAUCAUCAAUUGCCCGAACGUACAAUAAAGUUGCACAACACUACCCGUUUCCAAUUGACUACAAUUGGUAAGGCAGCUUUUAAGGCUGGCAUUGACUAUAAACGAGCCUAUGCCAUACACAAUGAGCUGGCCACAGCCCAAAAGCAAUUGAUUCUAACAAAUUAUGCCCACAUUCUGUAUUUGGUGGUAUGUUUCAAUUCCAAUGCCCAUGGUGACGAACUGUUUCCGGCGGAUCCAACAAUACUAUUUCAUUGCUAUGAAAAAUUGGAGGAACCCACACAACGUCUAUUCAAGCAAUUGGGUUUCACUGAGGCCCAUGCGGCAAAAAUGGCCAAAACCAUGUCCAUACAAGGCCCAAUGGAAUUGAAAUUAAAUCGUCUCUAUAAGGUUUUGAUACUUGUGGAUCUGCUUAAUUUAAUGCCCAUACCUAGUGUUGCGACCAAAUAUAAUAUUGAACGUGGUAUGCUACAGAAUUUGACAAGUCAAGCAACAGCAGCAGCCAGUGCUAUUGUACGUCUGUGUGAUCAGGUAGAGGAAUUUUGGUGUUUUAAAAGUCUCUUUGAACGUGUUGGCAAGAAAAUGGAUCGGUGUGGCACGGUGGAAUUAGAACCGCUGUUGGAAUUGCCAGCUGUGAAAAUGAAUCGAGCCAAACAAUUAUAUUCGGCCGGCUAUAAAACAAUUGAGGAUAUAGCCAAAUGUCGGCCAAUGCAAUUGGUAAAAUCUGUGGAACACAUGCCAUUAAGAAUAGCCAAAGAAAUUAUAUCAGCAGCCAAGAUAAUUUUAAUGAAAAAACUCGAUCAUUUGGAAGAAGAGACGGAAGCUUUAAAAGUUUGCCUUAAACCCAACAAUGAUAAUCUCAGCGAAGAAUUGCAAGUGUAG